UGAUAAAAGUCGGUGAUUGAACGACAACAAGUCGAAGUGCUCAGUCAUUGUUGAGUCCAUGUCUCUGUGAUUCUGCGGCUGUAACAAUGAGGAUCUUCUACCUGUUUGUUUUCGCGGCGUUCGCCCUGACGAGCGACGCGCUUGUUCGAAUUCCCUUAAAGAAAUUCCGUUCCAUCAGACGUGAGCUGACAGACUCAGGGAGGAGAGCAGAGGAGCUGCUGGCCGACAAGCACUCCCUUAAGUACAACUUCGGCUUCCCCUCCAGUAAGGAGCCCACUCCAGAAACCCUGAAGAACUACCUUGAUGCCCAGUAUUAUGGUGAGAUUGGCCUGGGUACCCCUCCUCAGACCUUCACCGUGGUGUUUGACACGGGCUCCUCCAACCUGUGGGUGCCCUCCAUUCACUGCUCCUUCUUAGACAUUGCAUGCCUUCUUCACCACAAAUAUAACUCUGCCAAGUCCAGCACAUACGUGAAGAACGGCACUGCCUUCGCCAUCCAGUAUGGAACUGGCAGCUUGUCGGGAUAUCUCAGUCAGGACACGUGCACGAUCGGAGACCUUUCAGUGGAAAAGCAGCUUUUUGGAGAAGCCAUCAAGCAGCCCGGCGUGGCCUUCAUCGCGGCCAAGUUUGACGGCAUCCUCGGCAUGGCCUACCCUCGCAUCUCCGUAGACGGGGUGGCUCCAGUGUUUGACAACAUCAUGAACCAGAAGAAGGUGGACAAGAACGUCUUCUCCUUCUACCUGAACAGGAACCCGGACACCCAGCCCGGCGGUGAGCUGCUGCUGGGAGGAACCGACCCCAAAUACUACAGUGGAGACUUUAGCUACGUCAACGUCACCCGUCAGGCGUACUGGCAGAUCCACAUGAACGGGAUGACCGUGGGCAGCCAGCUGAGUCUGUGUAAGAGCGGCUGCGAGGCCAUCGUGGACACGGGGACGUCUCUCAUCACCGGCCCCUCAGAGGAGGUCCGGGCCUUGCAGAAGGCCAUCGGAGCGACUCCCCUCAUCCAGGGAGAGUACAUGGUGAACUGUGACAAGAUCCCAUCGCUGCCCAUCAUCACCUUCAACCUGGGGGGAAAGCCCUACACUCUGACCGGAGAGCAGUACGUCCUCAAGAUAAGUCAGGCUGGAAAGACCAUUUGCCUGAGCGGCUUCAUGGGUCUGGACAUCCCUCCCCCCGCCGGGCCCCUGUGGAUUCUGGGAGAUGUAUUCAUCGGCCAGUACUACACCGUCUUUGAUCGGGAAAACAACAGGGUGGGCUUUGCCAAGUCCAAAUAAGCACAUCCUUCGCUACAGCAACAACACAUCAAGUGCAAACCUAAAAAUCCAAGUUUUGUGAGACAAAAAUUGUGCUGCACACGUUUUUCUGUUGCUUUGCAAUCAAACCGAAUUUAGCAAUAGAUUUUGUGUAGAGCCUAAAUGCACUGAUCUGAGGAAUGUGUACAAUUUGUGUUUGUGAACAGUUUGAAGAUUUGAUAGGUUGUGUGACAGGUGUAUAUGUUCAGGGAUCAGUCGUGUGUAUUGAUGAUGCCCUUUUUAAACAUAUACUUUUUUUUUUUUUAAUCAGGGAUUUGUUUUAAACAGAACAUUUUUAAUUUGCGUUUUAGGAGAAAGUUGUUCCUCUUCUACUGACUUUGAGAAUAUCUUAAUGUGAUUGGCCUGAAUAAACAGUUUUUA